AUGAUGCUUCUUAGUUAUCUACUGUUGCUUUCAGCCUUUCUGGCCCCUCAUGUACUUGCCAGCAAGAAAGCCGGGCCUUACCAGGUAGUGUACAUGUGGAUGGCAUACCGCAUGGACAUCCAAGCCUUCGGCGCAAGAGACGAGAUGAUCGCACCCAACUGCUUCGGUACCGUCCCUGACGGAACCUGCUACUUCGAUGAAUUCGUCGAAUACAUCCAAAAGGACAACAAAAAAAUAACCUCCGGCCUCCCGACGUCGAUUGGAAAGUACUUCUGGCCCGACGCCGUCACCGCAGCUCAGCAAAUCGCCCAACUCAAUGGUGGGGGCUUUACCCCGGAUACGGACGCCCAUAAGCUCUUUCAGGCUGGCACCUUUACCGUGGAAAACCCGCAGCUGAGUGUUAUCCUGGAUAUGAUGACGAAUAAGAUCCAGGCUGCGCGUAUUGCGCUUGGUGAUGAGGCUCUCUCCGACGGCCUGGAGGAAGCGCGCACGGCUAUUACUGGAACGCAUGAGGCCCGAAUUGCUGAACAAGGGCAAGACUAUAUUGAUGUCAUCAAUGAUUACCUCAGGGACGAAAAGGGAACUUCGCUGACGGUGGAGACAAAGAAUCCCACGGCGCUUGAUGGUUCAACGUACCUUGACAUCGACAUCGAGGGUACAGUUGCCAAAGAUUCUGCGUUUGCGGACUACUGGCGAGACUUCCAGACGUGGAUGUCGCAGCAAGUCAGGACUAAGAAGACGACGUUAGGUAAUGUUAAGAUGCAUUGGGAUACCGUUCAAGGAGUCCAGAGGAUCGAAGCUCGUGCUUGGGGGGAUAGUUCGUGUUAG